AUGGAAACCGUUCCCAAAUCUCCGUCCUUCACUGUCGUAAAGAUCGAUGGCUUCUUAAAGUUGGCUUUGCCGGAGGGGAGUAAUAAGGAUCACCCAAUUACUAAUCCAAUGGGUCCUCACGCUCCGCCUCUCCAUGGAUUAAAGCUUACCAAAAUGUUGGUUGCCAUUGCGGAUGGAGAUUUGAUGCGGGACACACAGAUGGAAUUCUGCCAGGCUAUGAAAAAUGCAGGGCAGACUGUGGAGAUGAUUGUUUCGGAAGAUGUGGAGCAUUGUUUUCACACCAAUGAGUUUGCUAUCGAGGAAGACGAGCACACUGCUGUGCAGGCUUCCAAUCUUGUUGAUGUCAUCGAUCGUUUCAUUAAGGAUUGUUAG